UUUGAGGCAGUCAAGAUGUGCAGCAUUAGUUUAGCUUGUGUUUUAGUUCUGGUGCUUUCCUGUGGACAGGCACGUGACGUGGCUCAACGGGAGGAAGCAGAACUAGUGUUCGCAGAGGAAGUUGAUAUAUACGUGGAACAGUUGAAGGAUGAAGAUCUGGAAGCGAAAUUGUUCAAGGAGUCAGUACCUGUAUGGGAUCCACAAAAGGCGGUCCCACAAGAUGUUGAUCCUUCCUUCAUUCCAAUCAGUGGAGGCCGAAGUGGAACAUGUGCUAUUGGCACUAGAAACGGCGACUUGGCGAUGGACCAACCACUUCUGGUUUCCCCAACAACUCAACAAAUAAUGCAACCCUCGAAAGAUGCCUUCAUUACACUUGACUCUGGAGAUUCCAUUUACAUGUAUUGCACCGGAUCCUUCUUAGCACCUCUCAGAGGUAAAAAAAUCACGGCAACUUGUGUUGAGGAAAACAUCUUCUCAAUAGAAGGAUUCGACGUCAGCUUACCUAUGAAUGAGAUCCGGUGUACAGCAAUGGUUGCACACUUGCUGAGGAAAACAUCAAGAACUUGCUACAAUGGGGCGGUGAUAAUCGAAAUAGGAUUCGAAGUCGUCGAUAACUUUUUCCCUUUAAUGGAAAUUUGUCAUAACAUGGAUCAACAAGUUACUCAUUACAAUCACUAUACAAUGGGUCCUUACAAUGCAGCGUAUCAGCGAUCGAUUCCAAGACCUCAGUUUAUGCCUGGUGGAUUUUUCAAUGGAGAUGACGUGAAUGCACGUUACUCGCAAGCCCAGCAGAAAAGAACUGUGGACAGUAUCCUUGGACUUGACUCGUCGUCGUACUUUGAUGUUCCAAAGAACGUUUACAUGGCCCGCGGGCAUAUGGCAGCAAAGGUGGAUUUCGUUUAUGCCCCUGCCCAAUGGGCAACAUUCUAUUACGUCAACACGGCCCCACAAUGGCAAACUUUCAAUGGAGGCAAUUGGGAGAGAGUUGAAGAUGGGGUCCGAAAUUUCGUUGGUGAUCGUGGACUUGAUUUAGAUGUCUAUACAGGAACUUGGGGAGUAAUGACCCUGCCUGAUGUUGAGGGGGUACAGAAAGAGCUUUACCUUGCCUUCGAUGAGAAUGGGAAUGGGCUGAUUCCGGUCCCUAAAAUAUACUACAGAGUUAUUAUUGACAAAGCUUCGAAGCUUGGACUAGUUGUGGUUGGGGUUAAUAACAUCCAUGCCACGCAGGAGCAGCUUGAGGAAGAAUACAUCCUUUGUGAAGAUGUAAGUGACAUGAUUCAGUGGAUUGGCUGGGAGAAGAGAAACACUACAAGAGGUUAUAUGUAUGCAUGUGAAGUGACUGAGUUUGCGGAAAGAAUGGGUGAACUGCCACCUUUGGAAGUUAGUGGCUUAUUAUACCACGUUCCGAUGGCAGUAAAGUGGAGUAUCCUAUUACUUGCAACAUUCCUUGUUGCCCAAGCGUACUCGGCGCCGGAGAUCAAUCUCAAUCAACUCCUGGCUGAGGAAGCUCUCAAGUAUCCUGAAGCUUUAGAAGAGCCAGAUGUGGACUACCAGGAACGAACUGCCGUUGGCAGUGGACCAGAAGAAGUUAUUAUUAAUCAAUUGCUCGCUGAAGAAGCCCUGAAAUACCCUGAAGCUCUCGAAGAACCUGACGUAGUUGAGCCCAUGAGCCGUGCUGGAGCCUGCACAAUUGGAACCAACAACGGUGACUUAGCGGCAAAUCAGCCAGUCCUUCUUGAGGCUGGCAAGACGACUUUUGUAUUACCAGACACCAGCGGAAUAAUUAACGUUGCCAAUGGAAAAACGAUUGAUAUGUACUGCACAGGUGCUUUCGCUUCACCACUUUCCGGAAAGAAAAUUUCUGCUAAAUGUGACGGCGGAGACGUCUUCGAAGCUAAUGGCCAUAAGUUGAGCAUCAAAAAUAUCGUAUGUACUGGACCUGUUGCUCACACCACACGAAAAACCUCAAAGAGUUGCUAUGGCGGUGCCACGGUUUUGGAAAUUGGACUUAGCUUGGAAGUUGGAUUCAUCACCACCAUUGAAGUUUGUCACGAUCUCAGCAAGCAAGUCACCUAUUAUUCCCACUAUGGCUUGUCUCCCGCUAACGUAGCUUUCGAAAAGUCAGUUUCCCGUCCAACCUUCAUUACUGGAGGCUACUAUGACGGAGAGGAUGUCAACAAGCUCUACACUCAAGUUAGUCAAAUGGAAACCAUUGCAAAAAUCCUCGGCCCUGGCUCAUCCAAAUAUUUUGACUUGAACAAAAACGUUUAUUUGGCUCGUGGACAUCUGGCAGCCAAGGCUGACUUCAUCUAUGCUGCUGAACAAUUGGCCACUUUCUACUUCAUCAACGCUGCUCCUCAAUGGCAGACUUUCAAUGCUGGUAACUGGGAACGUGUUGAAGACGGUGUCAAGAAGUUCGCUGCAUCACGUAAUGCCAAUUUCGACAUCUAUACUGGUACAUGGGGCGUUUCUACCUUAGCUAAUGAUAGUGGCGUACAAAAAGCGUUGUAUCUGAAGAUCAACUCUGCCGGUCAGGGCUUGAUUCCAGUACCAAAAUUGUACUACCGUGUUGUUAUCGACAAGGCCUCGAAAUUGGGUAUUGUGUUGAUUGGUGUCAACAAUAUCCACGCUACUUUGGAUGAGAUCAAGAAGGACUACAUUAUUUGCACUGAUGUCAGCUCUAAGGUCAAUUGGAUCAGUUGGGAUAAGACCAAUAUUCAAAAGGGAUAUUCGUACGCUUGCGAAGUUAAUGAAUUCGCUAAGAAGAUUGGUCAGUUGCCAUCUUUGUCUGUUAGUGGUCUUUUGUACUUUUUCACUCCCCAACGGGAUAGCAUACAAACGCUACAAGCAAUUUACGCGAAAUACAGCGCCAUGAGAGGGUUCCAAGUUCUGUGUGUUGUUGCAUCCCUAGCAGCGGUAUGCUUUGCUAGAAUUGCUCCAGCUAUUGAUGCUGGAGAAAUUGUUAAUCCAGGCUUGGUUGCAAAACCCCAAACUGUUGAGAUUAACAUCAAUGAAUUGCUUGCUGAGGAAGCACUGAAGUAUCCAGGAGCAAUUGCAUCUCCAAAAGCUCGCAGCGAAGGUUGCAAGAUUGGCAUGAACAAUGGGGACCUCUCUACCAAACAACCCCUCAUCCUUGAACCAGGAACUGAUCGCAUCGCAAUACCAUCAAAAUCGGGUGAACUCAGCGUUAAGUCAGAUGACAAGUUGGACAUGUACUGUACCUCUAAAUUCGCUUCACCUCUUUCUGGGUCGAAGAUCUCAGCGAAAUGUGUAGGAGGGGAUAUUUUCGAGGUUGAUGGCGAACACCACAGUAUCCGCGACAUUGUUUGCACUUCUGAUGUCAAAUACACCGCCAGAAAGACAUCGGCUUCUUGUCACGAUGGGGCCGUCAUUAUUGAGAUCGGAUUCGAAGUUGAAGGUCGAUUCAUUCCAUUCAUUGAAGUUUGCCAUAACAUGGAGAAGGAGGUCAGCCAUUACUCUCACUAUAGCUUGUACCAGUCUAGUGUGGCCUACCAAAAGUCCGUAGCUAGGGUAAGCUUCACUCCAGGAAGUUUCUAUGAUGGAAGGGAUGUGAACAAACUCUAUACACAAAAUGUCCAAAUGGAAACCAUCGGAAAAAUCCUCGGCGGAGACUAUGAAAAGUACUUUGAUAUUAAGAAGAAUGUCUUCUUGGCUAGAGGUCACUUGGCCGCUAAGGCUGAUUUCAUCUACGGUCCUGAACAGCUUGCUACCUUCACUUUCAUCAAUGUAGCUCCACAAUGGCAAGUUUUCAAUGGUGGCAACUGGGAAAGGGUUGAAAGUGGUGUGAAGAGCUUUGCUGCAGAUCACGAUAUGGAAUUGGACAUCUAUACUGGAACUUGGGGUAUCAUGAGCUUGCCAGAUAAGGAAGGGAAACAAAAAGAUUUGUACCUUGCCUUCAACAGCGAAGGAGAAGGUCUGAUUCCUGUCCCGAAAUUGUACUACAGAGUCGUGAUUGAUAAGGCUUCAAAAUUGGGUGUUGUAUUGAUUGGCGUCAAUAAUCCUCAUGCUACUUUGGAAGAAAUCAAGAAAGAUUACAUCCUUUGUGAUGACAUCAGUGAUAAGAUCAACUGGAUUCCUUGGGACAAACACAACAUCAAGGCCGGAUAUUCAUAUGCUUGCGAAGUUGAAGAAUUCGCCCGGAAAAUCGGACAAUUGCCUAGUUUAUCUGUUCGUGGACUUUUGUAUUAGGUAUAGAACUAUCGGGUAAUGGCUCUCUUUGUAAACUGUUAAAUAUACGAUCUUGAUUAUCUGGA